AUGGAUGAGGAUGUUACUAAUGUUAACAUUGAUAAUGUGGCUGAGGGUGAAAAUAUGAAUGAGGCUGAUAAUGUGGUUAAGGGUGAGAAUAAUGGUGAGGGUGAGGAUAAUGCUGAAGGAUUGGAUAAUGCUGAAGGAAUGGAUAAUGCUGAAGGUGAGAAUAAUGUUAAGGGUAAGGAUAAUGCUGAAGGUGAGUAUAUGAAUGAGGCUGAUAAUAAUAUUGAUGAUGGUACAGAUGAUGAUAGUGACUUUGUGGCUGAUUCUGAUGAGGAGUCUUUAGACCUAGAUUGGACUAUUGUGUUACCUAUAGAUACAUCAGCAAUGCCAACUGAGAAUGUUGUGGAUGAGGACUCAGAUCAGUUAUACACUCCACCUGGUAGUGAAUAUGAAGAAGAGUAUGAACAUUUUCCAAAUUUCCAAAGUAGUGAAAUUAAAAAGUUCAAGUUAGGGUUGGUAUUUAACAACAAGGAUGUCAUUAAGGAUGAUAUCAAAGAGGAUGCGAUGGUUAACAACAAAAAUGUGUACUUCAAAAAAAAUGAUGUGAAAAGGAUAGUGGUCAAUUGUGAAGAGGGUUGCAAUUAUCAUAUGAGGUUUAGUAAGAGGGCUGGAAAUCAGUUUUGGCAAAUCACCUCUUUGUAUGAAGAACAUGCUUGUGUUAGGACUGCAUACAAAAGGCAAUCAAAGACUGGAUGGUUGGCAAAGCAAUUUGUCCACAUAUUUAUACACACUCCUAACAUGAAACCAGCUGGAUUGAUAGCUAUAGAAAUUGAAAGAUGGGGUGUGAAUCUGUCAACAGACCAGACAUAUAGAGCUAAGAGAAAAGUUGUGGAAUUACCAUUAACAGGUCUGGAUGCAUGCUUUCUGAAAGGUGGCUAUGGUGGACAAUUAAUGGCAGCUGUUGGGAGUGAUGGGAAUAACCAAAUAUUUCCCAUUGCAAAUGCUGUUGUAGAAGCUGAGACUAAGGAUUCUUGGGAGUGUUUCAUAAAUCUUCUCCUUGUGGACUUGCAGUCAGUUAACAAGGUUUCAUAA